AUGCCGCUACCAAGACGAUCGAAUCUUUCUCGACAAAGCCAUAAUGCAACUAUGAUUCGAAUUAUUGCGAAUGAAAGGACUGAAGAAGAACAAGAAAUUGCACAUGAAGAACGCCGCGUUAGUAUGGCUCGACUUAGUGCUCGACUAGCAAAGCGAGGUAGCAGCCGCAACUCGGCUAGCACUGAUUACUGCUUGCAUACUAGCGUUUGCAUUGGGCCAAUGGACGUUGUUUGCGAAUAUUGUGGCGCAUUGAAGUUUUCCGGAGAAACGCCAGGAUUGUGCUGCCUUAGUGGGAAAGUGAAUUUGCCAUUAUUAACUUCGUCACCUGAGCUAUUGCAUUCAUUGCUUCGUGGCGAUCAUGGUACAAUAUUCCCAACAUAUCGUGCUGCAUGUGAAGAACUUAAUUUACUAGAAAACGAUACCCGGGAUACGACAAAAGUUGAUGCAAUUAUCUCAGCACCUCCAAGUCACAUACCCGCAUUCAUUUGCUAUUAUCAAUUCGACAUGCUUUCCAUCGAACCCAUCUAA